AUGAAGUCUGACUUCGAAAUGUGCAUCGAAGCCAUUGUCGCACCCAAAAUCUGCAGCGAUCAGCCUGCAGUAAAAAUUGACAUCGACCGUUUGCCAUGCGUCAACGCAUUCGAUCUCGCCGACUCUAACUUUGACAAACCUGGGGGUAUCGACAUCUUAGUGGGAGUAGAUGUUUUUUGUAAAAUCUUCAUGGCCAUCGACGAAGGCACAGAAUAUCCUCGUGCAGCUGAAGUCCUUAAACGGGACAUUUACGUCGACGACGUAGUGACAGGCGCUGAAUCUGUCGAAUCAGCGCUCGACCUUCAGUCUCAGGUCAUAAAGAUCCUAGAGAAGGGAUGUUUUGAACUCCGUAAGUGGUCGAGUAACUGUCCCCGUCUGCUCGAGAGUCUCGACCCAGCCCAUUGUCAUAAUAAGACGCUCUCUUUCGAUUCGGAACCGACAUCUCCUGUUAAGGUGCUCGGUAUGGAGUGGAACCCGUCCACAGACGCGUUCACCUUCACUGUCAAUCCGCUUCAUGAAAAGUGCACCAAAAGAAACAUUCUUUCAGAAUUGGCGCGCAUAUUUGACCCUCUUGGGUUUCUUACACCCUUGACACUCUCGUUUAAACGCAUAAUACAAGAUCUUUGGACUCUUGGUCUGGAUUGGGACGUGGUAGCACCCCCCAACAUCAACCAAAGCUGGCUUCGUUAUCGUACAGAUCUCGAGUUAUUGUCGUCUCUCGAGAUACCUCGAUUCAUCCUAUCGACGAAGCCCUGCAGUGUUCAACUGCAUGGCUUCUGUGACGCUUCUGAAGCAGGAUACUCAGCGGUCAUUUACUUUCGCAUCGAGCACGGUGAUGGUAGCAUCACCACCCAUUUGAUAAUGUCACGCUGCAAAGUCUCGCCCUUGAAACGCACCUCUAUUCCUCGACUGGAACUUUGCGCUGCAGUUUUGCUGACAGACCUCGUUGUACACGUAAAGGAGAUCUACGACAGAGACAUCAAAUUUGAAGACGUAUUCUGUUGGACAAAAUACCGGCUGGUCAUUGGCGCCAUGUCACGUCAGAAACCAAUCCUGCCGAUUGUGCCUCUCGCGGAGUAA